AAACCGGAAAUUGACAGUUACCAUUCCGUAGCUAAACUAUCAAGUGAGUGUGUGAGUGUGUGUGUGUGUCUCCAGUUGUGAAAAUGUUACCAUUAUCUAUUAAAGACGAUGAGUAUAAGCCGACCAAGUACAACCUGCUGCUGAAACUCUCCGGGUGGUUCAGGUCUAUCCUCGCCGAUAAAACUUCCAGAAAUCUGUUCUUCUUCCUAUGUCUGAACCUGUCCUUCGCCUUUGUGGAGUUAACGUAUGGUAUCUGGAGUAACAGUUUAGGUCUGAUCUCAGAUUCUUUCCACAUGUUUUUUGACUGCACUGCCCUGCUGGCAGGUCUGGCAGCCUCCGUCAUCUCCAGGUGGAGAUCCAACGAUAGCUUCUCCUACGGCUAUGUGAGAGCAGAGGUUCUGGCAGGCUUUGUCAAUGGGCUCUUCCUCAUCUUCACUGCUUUCUUCAUUUUCUCGGAAGGAGUCGAGAGAGCUCUAGAGCCUCCAGAUGUUCACCAUGAGCGGCUGCUUCCUGUCUCUGUAGCCGGUCUGCUGGUGAACCUGGUCGGGAUCUUUGCGUUCCAGCAUGGAGGACAUGGGCACUCACAUGGAGAGGGAGACCACGGACACAGUCACUCUCUGUUUAAUGGUAGCACAAGUCACGGUCACAGUCAUGGAGGACAUCACCACCACGACAAACAUGCAGAUUGCCACAGUCAUGGAGGACAUCACCACCAUGAUAAACAUGCAGAUUGCCACAGUCAUGGAGGACAUCACCACCACGACAAACAGGCAGAUUGGCACAGUCAUGGAGGACACGAGGAACCACACUAUAAUGACGAACUGCAACACCUGCCGGGAAAAGGCUCCAGCAAACAGAUCCUGCAGGGAGUCCUGUUGCAUAUUAUUGCAGACACUUUGGGCAGUGUCGGUGUGAUCAUCUCUGCUCUGCUGAUGCAGAAAUAUGAUCUAAUGAUUGCCGAUCCCAUCUGCUCCAUGCUGAUCGCCAUCCUCAUUGGAGUCAGUGUGGUACCUUUACUAAAGGAGUCUAUUGGGAUUCUGAUGCAGAGAACUCCAUUUUCACUAGACCAUGCCCUACCAGAGUGCUACCAGAGGGUGCAGCAACUGCAGGGAGUGUAUAAUUUGCAGGAGCCUCACUUCUGGACUCUGUGUACUGAUGUUUAUAUCGGAACAUUAAAGCUGCUGGUUGCCCCUGACGCUGACACCCGCUGGAUCCUUAGCCAGACACACCACAUCUUCACGCAGGCAGGAGUUCGGCAGCUGUAUGUUCAGAUCGACACAGCUGCCAUGUAGAAGCUGCUAAUAUUCCACUACACUUGGGACCAAUCACAUUCAGUCUGCUUCUGCAGGUGACUUCUGACCCCCACAGUCACCCCAGCACAGACUGAAAUAGGGGGAGGGCUCUCAGAACUGAUGAACUAAAACAGCCCCACCCACUUUCUUAAAAAUAAAAAUAAUAAUCCUACUCACAGUGGAAAUUCUGCCCCUCCCACAAAGAAUUAUGGGUAAGUGCCUUUGUCAUGAGACAAUCUGAGCCCCUCCCAACACCUCUGACAUCACUGCUCAGACUCGAUUGGUUGACAGUGCGUGUGAAGUCACUCUGUAUGUGCCAAACCAUGUGACCGACCAGUGGAUUUAAGCCUUUUUUCUUUUUCUUUUUAAAAAAAAAUAUAUUUAUUACAGCUGUAAUAAAUAAAUCUGGUUCUCUGAGAAUGAUUAUUCAUAAUCACAUCUGUCGUAUAAAACUGAGUUAAUUAAACAGCUGCAGGAGGACUGGAGCCCUAUGGAAAGAAAAGCUCUCACUCCACGUGCAGUAAUAUUUGUACAUGGUUUUAAUAUCAGAAUUGUUAACAGUGGUGCCUCUGCACGAGUGGAAACAUGCAGGUUUAACAUGAAAUUGUCACAAGUUGGAGCUGAGUUCAAACAAAUUUCCUGCCUCCUUCAAAUGUUUUUUUUUUUUUUUUUUUAAAUAUACUACUUUAAUUCA